AUGGACUACUUUAGGAGCCUCCGGUCUGUUCACAUCCUAGGCAAGAAAGUUUAUCUCAAGGUCAUAUCAACACUAUCGAGCCAGCAUAUAUCCAAGUCCAACAACGAAAUACGCCGGCACAUUCCUCCAUUCAGCAAGGCCUCGACUUUCAAUCACACCAGAAAGAAUAAAAUGAGCACCUCUGGCGCGGCUGUCAGCCUCCAGCCCGUUGAUGCCCCGCUAACAGCAUCAGCGACCUUCCUGGUCUUAACUGUCAAAAAUACCGAUGACGCCUUGGCUACUGUUCGCUCAACUCUGGCCGGCAUUGCCAGUCUCUCGAAGAAUGUUGCGAUUCGGGACCCCAGUGCCGGCUUUGCAUGUACCGCUGCCAUCGGCAGCGAUAUCUGGGACCGUCUGACAGGACUACCACGACCCGCAGAGUUGCAUUCAUUUCGCGAAGUAAAAGGAGAAAAGCACGUAGCUAUCUCUACUCCUGGUGAUCUCUUAUUUCAUAUCCGCUCAGAGCGUCGGGAUUUGUGUUUCGAGUUCGAAAGACAGCUCCUAGAUCUGCUUGGGGAUUCGGUGGCAGUAGAAGAUGAGACUACCGGUUUCCGUUACUUUGAUCUACGCGAUCUGCUCGGAUUUGUCGACGGCACUGCUAAUCCAGUCGGUCCCACUAUCGGUUCUUCAAUUCUUGUUGCCGAGGAAGACGAUGCAAAGCAGCACGUCGUGGGAGGAAGUUAUAUUGUCGUCCAAAAGUACUUACAUGACCUCAAGGCGUGGAAGGCGCUUAAAGCCGAGCAGCAAGAGGCUAUAAUUGGCCGUACCAAGCUCGACAAUAUAGAGCUCGAUGACGCCGAACCGGGCCAACAGCAGUCACAUAAAUCGCUCGCGACCAUUGAAGAUGAGGAUGGUAAUGAACAGAGUAUUCUUCGCGACAAUAUGCCGUUUGGCACUCCUGGAUCCGGGGAUUAUGGCACGUACUUUAUUGGCUAUUCCAGGCGUUUGUGGGUUAUUGAGCGCAUGUUGGAGAGGAUGUUUAUUGGUGAUCCUCCUGGUUUGCACGAUAGGAUACUGGACUUUUCAAAACCAGUGACCGGCACCACUUUCUUUGCACCGACCGCGAGUGUCCUCGCUAAACUUGGUUAACUUCAUAAAUAAUUAUACAUAACUAACAAUCUAUAACAUAAUAUCAUAUU